AUGGAGAGCGAGUGCAACAAUGCCGAUGGGCAGCCGCCACCGCCGCUGCUCGACUCACCGCUGCCCACGCCUCGCCGGUUGUGCACCUCUAUCGACGCGCUACGAAUGUGCUGUCGCCGCGACGCGUCGCCGCUACGGACGCAGAGCGAGGCGAACAGCGACGACGACGACGACAACAGGUCCUUCUCCGACGCGCUGGACAGGAACUCCUCGCCGGAGCGGACCGGCUCGUUCGACCGGGUCACGUCGAAGUGCUUCGAGGACAUCUUCGUCGGCCGCACCACGAGCUUCGCCAAGGACCGGACCCGACACCUUGGCGCGGAGGCCACCGACUUGUCGGCCUUGGGCAGGCGUCCGAGACAACCGCGUCGGGGCAGCACGCGCCGCAGUCACGACGAGGACCAUGACCGUCGGUGGACGCCUAGGCUCCUCAACGACAACGUCCCCAUGCAACUGAUGCGGCGGAUCAAAAUGGAUGCGGACGCCGAGGAGAUGACCCCAAGAGCCUGUGGCCUCAUGGUGUUCUUCCCCUGGAGCGCAAAGCCAGCGGUCUGCGAUUUCAGGAGCCCGGUGGCGCAGCACGCGACGACGACGACGACUCCUCGCGCCAGAGCCGAGCUGCCUUCACCUUCGCACAGUCGCACCACCACCCUACGCGAUGUCAUCAAGGAAGAUAGCCAAGCCGUUAGCAGCGACAUGCAGCAGCCGCGUGGAGAAAAGAGGGGCCGCGACCGCGACGACUUGCCGAGCCGUCGAUGGGGCGUGUCGUCGUUGCUUGACACGAGCAAGAAGUACUGCACUGACGCACGGAAGGCUCUGAGCAAGCUCUCCAUCGGACUAGGAGCGGACGGCGGCAGCCCCAGGGUUAGCGGCGAGAACAGGAGCGGCAAGCUGCACGGUGGUUUCUCAUCAACGCCGGCGACGCCUGUAAAGCUGACGCAGCUGAAGGCUAACAGAAACUGA